UUAUAAAACAGUGUGCGAGAGAGAGAGAGGGAAUUUGGUAUUCUGAAAUCUCCGGCGAUCUCCUUCCUCACGAGUUUUGUUGGCUAAUCCGUCUUAGCUAUGGCAGCCGCGAAGCUCCUGGCUUUUUUCUUCCUCGCCUUGGUUUUCGUCGCCGGUGUUUCCGCCGAUGCCGGAGUUGGCAGCGAGGAUGCCGGAGGAUCCGACGGCGGAGAUUCGUCGGUUUCUGAGAUCCAGAUUGAUCGGCUCAACACCAAGAUCCGUGCUCUAGAAUCCCAGAUUGAUGGGAAAACCCGAGAACUUAAGGGUAAGGAGGAUUUGAUAUCUGAGAAGGAGAAACUUCUCCAAGAAAGACAAGACAAGAUUGCUUCCUUGCAGGCUGAGGUCUCAUCGUUGCAGAAAAAGGGUUCAUCAGAUUCUGCAGAACAGUUGGGAAAGGCUCAAGCACGGGCGGUCGAACUAGAGAGACAGAUUGAGACACUCAAGAAAGAGCUAGCGAAGAAAACCAAGGAGAAUGAAUCCACAGAAGCUAGGAAUAGUGAGGCUGAGAGGAAGCUAAGUGAAUUAAACUCGAGCCUGGAGAAAUUUCAGAAAACAAAUGAUGAGCAGAAGAGCAAAAUACUAAAACUUGAGCGAGCUCUCCAAAUUGCUGAAGAAGAAAUGUUGAGGUUAAAGCAUGAAGCAACCUCAAAGAGUAAGGAACUGCAUGAGGUUCAUGGUGCAUGGCUUCCCCCAUGGCUCGCUGUGCACUGGAUUAAUUUCGAGACUCUUGCAGAGACACACUGGAAUAGCCAUGGGAAACCAGCCCUGGACACAGUACUUCAAAAGGCAACAGAAGCUAAGGUUCAAGUCGGAAAGUGGGCUGAACCUCAUGUGGAAAACAUUAAAACCACAUACAUUCCAGCUGCAAAGGAGGGGUGGGUGACAGUUACGACAUAUGUUGAGCCACAUGUGCAAACGCUGUCCACUAAAGCUAAAGAAGCUUACGAAGCAUCCAAAACCACUCUUACUCCUCAUGUUGUCAAGGUUCAAGAAUUUGUAGACCCAUAUUAUCAGGAGACUAAAAAGUUCAGCAAGCCGUACGUUGAUCAGGUGGCCACCGUCGCAAAACCCCAUGUUGAUAGAGCGAGGGUUGCCUUGAAACCUUACACGAAGAAGGUGACUCAUGUCUAUAAAAAGUUUCUCAAGUCUGCCUCAACAUAUCACCAUCAGGUUCAAGGGAUGGUCAAAGAGAAAUUAACGAAGCACGAGCUGACAGAGACUCUUGCAACCAAAGAGUUCGUUUGGUUCAUGGCGUCGGCAUUAUUAGCUUUGCCCAUCUAUGCUGCAUACAAAAUCUUCUGUUCUCUUUUCUGCAAAAAGACAGAAAAGCCUGCAAGACAUCCUCAUCAUCAUGGUCGUCGUAAGGCUAAAAGGGGUCACUCCGACAAGUGAAGUACAUGAUUGUGUGUUGUUAUUCUCUAUUCCACGGUGAAAUUAUUCGAGGUACUGAGUUAUAAUACCUUCGAUACGGUUACUUCCUGAGCUCGCGGACGGGGAACUAUUGCCGAAAGCUCUGUGCAAAAGUUAUUUUUACUCUUGUCCUUUGGUAAUUUCAUGGUUUUGUUUUUUAAUAUACAAGAAGAUUAGACGGAUAACAUCCUUUACAGGGAUCUAGCAGGGUUUGGUGUAUUUGUGGGCAUAUCUUGUACGUUUUCAUGUGGGUAGAUUUUGUUAUUUUCUCCCUCUCCCUGUCAAUUUUCUUCUUGAAGAAUUAAUUUCAUGGGAUCAGAUAAUAAAAGCUUUCUGGUUUCAUAUAAUC